UUUUGUGUGUGUUAUAUAACUCCCAAAUGUAAAGUUUUGAGUUCUGCUGCUGCACCGAGAACCAUACUCUCCCAAGAUGAAACCCCUUUUUGUUAUGAUCAUCUUCGUCAUCACCGCGGCGGAAUCGGCCUCCAUUCCGCACAUUCCACGAUUCCCCGGCCAAUCCGCCGGCUCCAGACUCCGAAACCAUGCCGCUGCAACCCAUCACGCCUCCAAGUACGAUACGCGCUACUUCCAUCAGCGAUUGGACCACUUCAGCUUCGCCGAGGCUCCCGGCUUCAAGCAGAGGUACCUUGUCGGACCCUCAGCCGGCCUCUGGACACCGCCGUCCCCCAUAUUCUUCUAUUGCGGCAAUGAGGGUGACAUCGAGUGGUUCUCCGACAAUACCGGCUUUGUUUGGGAGAUCGCUCCUGCUUUUUCCGCCCUCGUUAUCUUUGCUGAGCAUCGUUAUUAUGGGGAGUCUAUGCCCUUCGGCAGCAGAGAGGAAGCAUACAAGGAUGCCAAGUCUUUGUCAUACCUUACGACUGAGCAAGCAAUUGCCGAUUUUGCUACGUUGAUCAUUGAUUUGAAGCGAAAUUUGUCAGCUGAAGACAGCCCAGUUGUUCUGUUUGGUGGCUCCUAUGGUGGAAUGUUGGCUGCAUGGAUGAGGCUUAAAUAUCCACAUAUUGCUAUCGGUGCACUUGCUUCCUCAGCACCCAUUCUGCAAUUUGAAGAUAUUGCCCCUCCGGAGUCAUUCUAUGAUAUUGUUUCCAGUGAUUUCAAGCGUGAAAGUAGGAAUUGCUUUGAUGUUAUAAAGAACUCUUGGGAUGUGUUGGAAGCUCAAGGGAAAUACGAUGAUGGCCUUGUUAAACUUAGCAGAAAAUUUAGGCUAUGCAAGGAACUUAACAACACACAACAGCUUUCAGACUGGUUAGAUUCUGCAUAUAGCUAUCUUGCAAUGGUGGAUUAUCCAUAUGCCUCCAACUUUCUUAUGCCUUUGCCGGCAUACCCCAUUAAGGAGGUUUGCAAAAAAGUUGAUGGUUUUCCAGAUGGUGCCGACUUUCUGGACCGUAUAUUUGCUGGAGCAAGCAUCUAUUACAACUACACAGGAUCUGUUGAUUGCUUUGACCUUGAAGAUGAUCCUCAUGGGAUGAGUGGGUGGGAUUGGCAGGCUUGUAGCGAGAUGGUCAUGCCCUUGUCUAGGAGCAAAGAAAAUAGCAUGUUCCCUGCAUACGAAUUUAAUUACUCUGCCUUUGCGGAUGAGUGCAGUCAGAGCUACGGUGUAAAGCCAAGGCCUGCAUGGAUAACCACAGAAUUUGGUGGCCACGAUAUAAGUAAAGUGCUAAAGAAAUUUGGGAGUAACAUCAUAUUCUCAAAUGGAUUGCUGGAUCCUUGGAGUGGUGGCGGUGUCCUUCAAAACAUAUCUCAUAGCAUAGUUGCCCUUGUUACCGAACUGGGUGCACAUCAUAUCGAUUUGCGUGCUUCGACGAAGGACGAUCCGGAAUGGUUGGUCGAGCUCAGGGAAAUGGAGAUUAAGCUAAUCAAGGGCUGGAUAGAUGACUAUUUUCAGGAGAGGGCUUCUUAUAGCCUAUAGGAUUACUUCAUGAGGCAUUUUGGCUUCUAUUCUCCCUAAUUCUGAGAAGUAAUGUAUGUAUAAUUGACAAGGAUUGAUGUAUAUCACUGUAAAACAUUAGGGAGAUUAGAAGAGGGACCGUUUC